AUGUUUUCCCAAUCAGAAGAGAAGUACGGUGUCAGAUACGUCAAUUACAUUGGAGAUGGCGAUUCAAAAACUUUUCAGGGUAUUUUAAACUUGAAUCCUUAUGGCGAUGAGUGUCCCGUUAUAAAAAGCGAGUGCAUUGGGCACAUUGAAAAACGGAUGGGCACGAGGCUUCGAAAUGUUAGAAAGGAUAAAAAACUUGGAGGCCGCGGCAAAUUAACUGACGUACUUAUAAAAAAAAUUACACGGUACUACGGGCUAGCUAUUCGUCGAAAUGUAAAUUCGGUACAGGACAUGAGAACGGCCAUUCAAGCAACAUUCGACCAUCUGACUUCUACGGAUGCGAAACCGAAGCAUCAAAAUUGUCCGGCCGGAGCCGAUAGCUGGUGUAAGUGGCGGAAGGCUGAAUCGAUUGGCAAAACGGCUUCUUACAAGCAUCCUUCUCCUCUUCAUCCGGAUGUAGAAAAGAAUAUUCUAUCCAUUUUCAAGGAUCUUUCAAAAGAUGAGCUUUUGAAUAAGUGUUUAGGUGGUUAUACGCAAAAUGCGAACGAAAGCUUCAAUGCCACAGUUUGGCGUUUAGCCCCUAAACACCUGCAUUCCGGAGCAAAAAUCGUUAAUAUUGCUGCAUUUAUUGCUGCUGCAGUGUUCAACGAAGGCUAUAAUGCUAUCUUGAUGAUUAUUAUGAACAAAUUAGAAAUUGUAAUCGGACUGCAAGCAAAUAAUUUCGCGCAAUCAUACGACGAGAAGCGGAUGACAAGACAGGAUCACCGCAGCAUAGAAUGUUCAAAAGCCGCAAGAACAGCCCGAAGAAUGCAGCAAAUGGCGCAAAAUGAGUUCUACGAGGAAGCUGAAGGUUUAUUAUAUGCACCUGGAAUAGCAGAUUAGCUUCAAAUGGCCAUCAAAUUUGGGGGCGCUGCAGUGCACACCAUGAUCGCAGCCGAUUAGCGACGUAACGACUUCACGGCU